AUGGAUAAACAAACUGGAAUAACAGCUCGCUUGGACCUUGAUACACAGCAGCUAGCUUCUCAGUAUGAUGUCCUGAGUGACUUCCAAUAUGAACUAGGCGUAUUUCUUAUAAGGAUGUUGGAUAUUUCACCUUCAGAACGAGUUCUCGAUAUUGGGGCUGGGACUGGUCGUCUCACAUCUCAUGUCGCAGAUUUUGUCGGCGAGGAAGGAUGGGCCAUUGGCAUUGAUCCGCUCAAAGAUCGUAUCGACGUCGCUCGCAAAAAAAUACAGCCAAACCUAUCGUUUUUUGUUGGUGACGCUCACGACCUGUCCCGAUUUGAUUCCGGUACCCUCGAUGUUGUUUUCAUGAACUGCGUUUUUCACUGGCUACGAGAUGAGACACAAGUUCUCAGUGAAUGUGCCCGUGUUUUAAAGCCAGGAGGUCGCCUCGGAAUAUCAGCCAUGUCCAGAAAUCACCCUUUCCGCCCUUACGAAAUCAAGAAAUUUGUCCUAUCAACAGAUCGUUAUCGAGAUUACUCGGAGAGUGCAAAUCGCGUAAUCAAAUAUUUCACUGAAAACGAGCUUGGUAAUCUUCUCGAUGAGUCCGGAUUUGCUCGCAGGACUAUUUCCCCACAUUCAGGGAUGGUAACAUGCCAGGACUCUCAAGGUCUACUGGACCUGCUGCGCGCAAGCUCAUUUGGAAACUUUCUUGGCCAUCUUCCCGAGGAAUUGCAAGUUACAGCUUCCUAUGAAAUCCAAGAGAAAUUGGACCGACUUCGUACGGGCGAAGGCAUGUCAUUUGAACUUGUGAGUUUGAUUGCACUGGCGAUUAAAGAUUGA